CUCAACCAUUGUUUUUAUUGUGUUUCCAUGUAUGAUGUUCUUUUAAUUUUAUUCUGCUUAAAUGGUGUGUAUUGUUUUUUGUGAAGCACCUUGUAACUAUGGCUUGGAAAAGUGCUAUCUAAAUAAUGUUUACUGUUAUUAUCAUUAUUAUUUUUGAUCAUUUAUAAAUGUAAAAUACCCACAACAUCGACAUUACCGUUUUAUUAAAGAUAUGUCCUCAAACUGUUUCAGCUCAUCUCCAGUUUGACAUCACCACAAUGGCUGAGAUGAAUGGCACCCAGUUUCUUGUGAAACAAAUCCCAACCAGCCUCAACACAUCCAGAGACUCUUGGCAGAACGAUGCAAGCAGGGGAGUCCAAAUGGCAGCUACUGUGAUCAUUUUCCUGGUUGGCAUACCUCUGAAUGGGCUGGUGGUUUGGGCACUUGGACUGCGGAGUCAGCGUCACCUGGUACGCAGAGGCAGCGGUGAAGAGACACGAGCCGCCAGCAGUUUCCGCAUCUAUGUAUUGAACCUGGCCCUAGCCGACCUGGUGCUGCUCCUGCGUACCCCCCUCAUGCUUGGCUACCUCGCUCACAACAACAGUUGGCCAUUUGGCCUUGUCUUCUGCCACCUGAUCAUGUUCUUCCGAGGUCUGGGGUUGUACGCCUCAGCUUUCCUCCUCUGUGCUGUGGCUCUGGAGCGAUGCCUGUGUCUACUGAAGCCUGUGUGGGCUCGACUACGCCGCCCCUCCUGGGCUGUUCCUCUGGUUUGUGGCAUCUUAUGGCUGGUAGCAACCAUCCUGUCUGCACCCUACCUCUACAGCGCCACCCUGAAAGAAAUCAACGGGACAUACCAGUGCAUUGAGAAGGGAAAGUUUGACAUGGGCUUGUUUGUCACAGAGACUGUAGCAGGUUUCAUUUUGCCCCUGCUUGUGUUCUUAGGAAGUAAUUUGGCUGUUGUGCUCACCGUUCAUCAAGCAGUGCCCUCAACACCAACCUCAUCCAGCCCUUCAAAUGCCCGGAAGAUGGCAAGGAUGUACCACGUGCUCUUUUUCACAAUGCUCCUCUUCCUCACUUGCUGGGUACCCUACUUUGUUUGUCGGUUCCUGCGGGCCCUGGCUGACAGACAAUCUGAACUGUAUAAAAGAGCAAGUAUUGCAACAUACUACUCUCUGUUCCUGGUGUACAGCAAGAGUGCUCUAAACCCUGUGCUGUAUGUGUUUGCUGCUCGAGGCUUAGGCCGUGCUAUCCGAGCUUCAGUCGUCUCCACUAUUGAACGACUUUUCAAUGAUGACUCCAUGGAAUCCAUACGAAGAAAGUCACUUAAGAACUCCCAGAUGUAGCCAAGAGAUGCAUUUGAAAGAAGUUGUUACAUUAAAUCAAUUCCACUUGGACAAAAAGGUCCACAACUUCUUCAUCUGUGUUUUGCAGUUUUACAAUAGUAUAAGACGCCAACUGUAUUAUUGACUAUCUUCUCAAUGCAAUGGAAGAGCGGAGAGGACGCUGGCAUUGACGUCAACUAUAUUAUUAUCAUUGCUCACCAGUACCCUUUUUGGAUAUUUUUCUUCUUUACCAUCACUCGGGGACUCUUGUUUCUGUUCAUUGCUACCACUGUGAAGUAUUCACCUGGGCAGCCUCUCAGGUUUCCCUGGUGCAGUCAGUCUCUACGCCUGGCCCUGGAACCCACAGCUUCCUCAGCCGAGCCGUUGCUGAUCACCUUCAUGAUGUUGAAUUAUUCCGUCAC